CUCCGACCCUACGGUUCCUCUCUCUCCCCAUUGGAGCAAUCCUUGCCUGACCCGGCCGGCUUCCAUCAUCUUACCCAGCUCAGCAGCCCAGCCUCAGCUCGAUCCCAAAUCUUCCUCGGUCAGCCCUCAGAAAAACCGCAUGUGGUUGUCGCUAAAAAUCCCCCGACAAUAAUAAGCACUGUAUCCCAGCUCAGAAUUGGCCAUCCUACGCGGGUCACCAGCAUUAUAUUACCCAAACUUCCCCUCCUCGUACCACAACGCAAACCAGAGUCGAGGAGCUUCAAUCCCUCCGAACUAACCAACCCACUUUCAGCUUACAUGUCUUCAUGAAUCCGCCGCCCAAUGAUGGAAUCAGCCCGGGCUCCUGGGACCGCCGACCUCGCUUCCGCUCACGGCCCGGACGAAGAAUGGUCCCCUUUAACAGAUGGCUUCGGAGGUUUUGUUGACAUUGGAACUCUUUCUGGUGGCUAUGGCCAAGCACCUCGACUUGAGACCCAACAUCUGUAUGACGAUGAUUUGAUCGGUGUCAGUAUGAGUCGGGUUCAGACCCACAUGAGAUCUCCAGAGACUCCUGUAGCCGAAAAGGCCAGAGCUCUCAAUCUGCCCGUCGAGUACUUCCACCGAAUAAUGGCACUUGCUGAAGAACCUGACAACGACAAUGACACCGACGAAGCAGACGACACCCAGCCUAGUACGCCGCACGCUAGCCCGAGGCCACCUGCACUCGACCAGGACAAUGCCGAACGAUCCGCCUCUCCCGGUAGAACAGAGACGAGAAGCUCCUCACACGAUUCGCUCUCCCCAAACCAGCAGGGCCAAUACUACAGCCAUCCCGUCGAUGAACCAAGUCUCCCCUGUGAUAGGACGUACUCAUACCAGACUUCGAAUGCAGAAGAUGCGGAUCAACCUGCAAGGCCACCUUGGGAGUACCAGUUCCCACCGCACCCGGUCCGGAAACCACCUGCGCCGCCUGAACAAACUCGGCGUUCUGAGAACGAUGUUUCACACAUUGACAGCUUUGAAGAAGGCCCCCCGUCACCGCAACUUCACAGAUCGUCCAUCACCAAGAACCUUUUAGCUGGGGCUGGAAGUGAGCGAAGGCGCAGUCUGUCGUCAGCUCCGACGAAUUUACUGUCCAAUUUGCGGAAACUGUUACCAGAUCUUCCGUCUGGACAUUUCAACAGGAGUUCCAUCUCUCUUUUUUUACCAACCAGCAACGGAAACUCUGGGCAGCAGAGUCCCAUCGGCGGGCAGACGACACCAACCAAUAGGUCAUUUCGAUGGUCUCUUCGCGAACCACCUCAAAGGCGGAGUACUGGGGACUCAUCUCGCAACAUGCAACCGGGUCCUGUACCAACGCACGACCUUGUCGCUGUGUCGCGGAGUCAGAUGGACGGCAACGUGGAAUCGCUGCUCUCACCGACCAGUCCGGCAUCCAACGGCAGCCGGGCACGUUCCAACUCUGAAGGAUCUCUUUACAUAAGAAGAAGAGUUUCUGGUGUGUCGGCGUACGACGACAUUAGCGCUUUUGCCCACGUUACUGAUAUGGCAAAUUCGCGAUUCAAAGCCAUAACAGACAGUUUCCAGAAUUCGACCCUGAAAUUGCCUCGGCUGCCCGCACUUCGACAAGUAGCGAAGCGACGCACUUCGCCCGACCAACUGAAUGGAGAGAUACCUCGAGGAAUCGACGAAAGUAGUGGCGAUGGACGAGGACAGACUUACCAGGACGCCUCGGUCAAGAAGAUACGGAAUGCAGCGAAGGGUGUCGAGGUUGAAACUCCGCAGCAGCGAGCACAUCCAAUACUGUCACAUGCUCUGUCACAGACCACCGGCGACGUGGUUAUUUUGGGUGGUUACAGAGGAUCGAUUUUGAGAUCAGCACAGCCUCCUCAUCGACAAGUCUGGGUUCCCAUCAAAGUUGGACUGAACAUGCGUAAGGUCGAUCUUGAAGUUGGUUUGACGCGCGAGGAUGAAGAGCGCAUGGAACAGACCAUCAUCCCAUCUGGCAUUCUUUCGCAUAUUGGCCCAAUCGACAUUUGUCGAAGGUUGCUCAAACAUAUGAAGAAAUGCCCGAAUACCCGUGAGAACAAACUCAGAGUCCACGACUGGGGCUAUGAUUGGCGACUAUCUCCGGAUCUUCUCAGUGGAAAGUUGAUCAAGUUUCUGGAAUCGCUGGAGUGCAAUCAUCCGGAGACGCCUCACGAGAGUCGAGGUGCCACCGUUAUCGCACAUAGUCUAGGAGGGCUCAUUACACGGCAUGCGGUCAACCAACGGCCCGAUCUAUUUGCGGGUGUGGUCUACGCCGGCGUGCCACAGCAUUGUGUCAACAUUUUGGGGCCUUUGCGGAACGGGGACGACGUCCUGCUCAGUUCCAGAGUCCUCACAGCCCAAGUCAAUUUCACGCUUCGAACCAGCUACGCCCUUCUUCCAGAAGACGGUCGCUGCUUCAUCCAGAAGCACACCAACAAGCGGUACGAUCUGGACUUCUUCGAUCCGCACGUCUGGGACGAAUACCACCUGUCUCCCUGCAUCAACCCUCCCAUACCACGCAGCCUCCGAGAGAAAGACGAACGUAGGAAGAGUAUUAUCGGAGCUCUUUCCGAAAGCAUUUCGGGGUCCGGCAAACGUACUUCGUGGUUUGGAAGUCAAGGUCCCCAGGGGCAAUCCUUGCAACAAACGGAUACGAGAGAAGUUCUGGAAGAAGCACACCAGCAGGCGGUCGACAAGGCCCUGGAAGCAGGACAAGACAUGGAAGGCAAUGCAGAAGGAAUGGUUGGACCGUCAAUGAAACAAUCUCAUCACCGAGCCAGCAUCGCGACUGCUGUAACGAUUCCGAGGGACCUUGCAGAGGACUAUCUGGAUCGCACGCUGGCGGAGGUGUCGGUCUUUAAAAAGCAGCUGAAAUUCAAUGCUAGCCACCAGGAAAACAAUCUUUACCCUCCCCACGCGUUUAUCUUUGGCAAGACGGUGCCCACCGUGUACGGGGCCAGGGUCGCCAAUAAGGAGGCGAUAAAGUACACGGAUGCGUUUGAUGAUCUGGCGUUUGCCGCUGGAGACGGGGUAGUGCUAGCAAGUGCGGCACAGCUACCAGAAGGCUAUCGUUGUGUCAAGGGGGGCAGAGUGGAGAGUGAUCGGGGACAUGUGGGAAUCAUGGGCGAUCUUGAAGGGAUGGGGCGGUGUCUGGAGGCAGUGGUCAAUGCCAGGGCUAAGGGCGUUGGUCUAGGAAAAUCAUAUGCUCGUCACGCCGGGGACUCGAGCGAUUAAUGAAUUGACGACUACGAUGAAGGUGGUGGCCUGUGGAUUUUGGAUAAGCGAUACCUAGCGAGUCUGUUUACUUGUACAGCUUCAUAUCUUGACAAACCUGCGAUUUGC